AUGGGCUCUGAAGUCUUGAUUAACUUCAAAAUUACCUCUCUCACUGAGAGUGUGGCUUUUGAGAGCUCCUCCUACAACUUCGUAAUUAAGGAGAACGAACCUGAGGCCACGAUAGUCGGGGAGGUCAAGGCAUUAACAGGGAGUCCACUGGUUACAGUCAGCUAUAACAUGAAGUCACACAAGGAUGUCUUCUCUGUGGAUGGUGAGGGAAUUAUAAAAGCUCUCAGACCACUGGACAAGGAGGAAGAGGAGUGGUACAUCCUCACAGUAGAGGCCAUAGACUCCAGAACUACUGCAGAGACUGCAGAGACAAUGCAUGGAGAGAAAUUAUAUUAUUCAGUCACCUGCUCAGGAGGGCUAAAAAACAUCCGGACGGUAGACGUUCUGGACGUCAAUGACAACCCUCCGAUCUUCCAGAGCAAGUCAUACAGCGCCACAGUGUCAGAGACGACGACUGUGGGUUCAGAUGUGUACAGGGUGAGGGCUGACGAUGCCGAUGUCUCUCCAGAAAACAACCGAAUUACGUAUUCAAUACUGCAUCCAGUACCAGAUGACUUUGAAGUGAGACAGGACGGUAACAUCAGGUUGAAACAACGUCUGAACUACAACAAUGUUCAACAGUACAUCUUCACUGUGAAAGCUGAAGAUAAAGGAGAACUCAGUGACACAACAACAGUUACAAUAACAGUUGAAGACUUUGACAACCUAAACCCUUAUUUUGAUCACAGUCUCUAUGAAGCAUCUAUUGAGGAAAAUCAGGCAGGGCAAUUGUCAGACGUCACUCCUAAGGCCAUAAAAGCUCAAGAUGGUGACACAGGCAUCAACGAGCCUGUCGUUUACAGCAUAACAACAGUCUUUCCAAAUGAAUAUCAGAGCAACCUUAAUAUUGACCAAAACAGUGGAAUCAUCUCCGUGACAACAGCACUAGACAGAGAGGAAAUUGACCAGAUAACAGUUUACAUACAGGCAGCUCAGCAGGAUGAUGCCAGUAAGACGGCAAACGCUGUGGUGUCUGUCACCAUUGAAAACGUGAAUGACAACCCGCCAAAAUUUGAGCAGGAUGAGUACACAGUGUCUAUUCUGGAAAAUUCACCUCAGGACCAGUUUGUGCUUCAGACUAGAGUCACUGAUCUAGACCUGGGAGGAUUUGUGGGAACAAUCCGGAUUAUUCCAGACUCUGUCCCUUUUUCAAUCAGCCCUGAUGGAAUAAUUCUGGUGAAAAGCUCAGUGGACCUAGACAGAGAGACCACAGCUAGCUUCAGUUUUCAAGUUGAAGCACAAGAAAGCCCUCCUUCUACCGACAAAGCAACAGCAGAUGUGACCAUUGUCUUGCUGGAUGAGAAUGACAACAGUCCACAGUUUACAACUUCCAAGUAUGAGGGCAAAGUUUUCAGCAACCAGACUGCUGGAAUGCAGGUUGUCAAGGUCGAGGCAGCAGACCUGGAUGAAGGUCCAAAUGGAGAAAUCCGCUACUCCAUUGAGUUUGGAAAUGAGAAAGGUCAUUUUGAAAUUAAUGAGAAUGAUGGGGAGAUUAAACUAGUUAAAGAAAUUGACCUGGUGGACAAUACAAUCCUUGAGUUUGCACUCUAUGUGACUGCAAAAGAUGGGGGUGCUAUAAGCAGAUCAACUUCUGCAAUAGUGAAUGUCAAGGCACCUGGAGAGUCUCAUCCUCAGUUCCUUCGGGACACCUACCAGGGACAAGUAGAGGAGGAUCAGGCAGACGCAGACAUCGUGAAGGUUGACUUCCUGUCCCUUGAACCUAUAGUUCCUGUCAUCUUAACGGUUGAGAGUGAAGCUGACAAGUUCUCAAUAAACCAGGAUACAGGUGUUCUCUCGACCAAAGCCAAACUAGACUUUGAGGAGACGAGCAGCUACACUGUGCAGGUGUCGAUAACGGAUGGUACUAAACGGGAUGUUGCAUCAGUCCUGGUUGAGGUGCUGGACAUCAAUGACAACAGUCCAGAGUUUGAAAAUCACCCUGCUACUGUCCCAGUACCAGAGGAUCACAAGGUGGGAGAUGAAGUAACAUCCGUAACAGCCACAGAUGCAGAUUCAGGGUUUAAUGGUGAAGUGCGAUACACUCUCCUGGGAGGUGCUGGGAGAUUCAGUGUUGACCAAGAAACAGGAGUGCUAACUCUAGCAGAUCCCCUUGACAGGGAGACCCAAGAUGAGUACAGCUUAGUAAUCACUGCCCAAGAUCAGGGACGCCCAUCACAUUCCGCUACCACCACUCUGGAAAUCUCCGUGACUGACAUCAACGACAAUGCUCCCAUAUUUUCCAAACAACAGUAUGAGACCACAGUGUCCGAGCAUGCAGAAGUAGGAACAAAUGUCAUAGACGUCAUGGCGACAGACAAAGAUGACGGUGAAAAUGCUAUCGUGACUUAUCACAUUGUCAAACAGGAGCCUUUUUCAACACCACUCGUCUUUACCAUUGAUGAAGGGUCUGGCUCCAUAAACCUAGCUGAAAAGCUGGAUUAUGGCAAAGCUAAGAGUUACACUCUAGAGGUGGAGGGACGAGAUGGAGGAAACCCUGUUCUCACUGGCAGUGUUUCUGUAACGGUGUGGGUUGAGGACGCAAACGAUAAAGCUCCUGUGUUCAGUAAGGAGGACCAGUAUGAUGUGUCCGUCUAUGAAAACCUUGCAGGUGGAACUGCUCUGUUAUCUUUGGAGGUUUCAGAUGAGGAUGAGGGUGGGUUCUCUAAAGGUUUCUUUAUCAUGAACAGCGAUACCUUCACGAUCGACAAUCAAGGAGUAAUAUCACUCAAGAGCGAUGCCACCUUGGAUAGAGAAACUAUAGACAGUUACAUCAUUGAGGUAAUAGCUGUAGACCAGCCUGAUGAUGGUUUAAGCUCCACAGCUCAGGUCAACAUCACUGUUCUGGACGUCAACGAUAACAACCCACAAUUCCUUCCUCUCCCAGAGCGCAUUGAGAUUCAGGAAGGUGUUUACAGUCCCUCAUCACCUGGAGAGGUGUGCGUGAUAUCAGCCACAGACUCUGACAUUGAAGAAAACGGACGUGUCACCAUCACUACUUCCUCUUACAGCAAUAUCUUCAGCUUCAAAGAUGAUGGAACUCUACUAGCCAUCGAGGAGCUGGAUCGGGAGACACAAGAUGUGUAUGAUGUGGUCAUUGUUGCUGUGGAUCAUGGGAUCCCACAGGGAAAUAACAUCACCACAGUGAGGGUCAGUAUCACAGACGUCAAUGACAACUCUCCAGUCCUCAGCUCUGACACUUACAGCGGAAGCAUUCUGGUUAAAGACGCCAAGGUUGGAAAGUUGCUGCUGACAGUCUCUGCCACAGAUAAAGAUGCCGGAUCCAACGCAAUCAUUAGCUACAGUUUCUCUGAAGACUCUCCCAUGGUUGCACUGGACGCUGAAACAGGAGACAUCACUUUGACCUCUGACCUUAGUGAGGUCACAGAAGACAUGCUGCUAACCCUGACUGCUAUAGCGACAGAUCAUGGAACACCAGCACAGUCUGAUGAAGCUGAAGUCUUGAUUAACUUCAAAAUUACCUCUCUCACUGAGAGUGUGGCUUUUGAGAGCUCCUCCUACAACUUCGUAAUUAAGGAGAACGAACCUGAGGCCACGAUAGUCGGGGAGGUCAAGGCAUUAACAGGGAGUCCACUGGUUACAGUCAGCUAUAACAUGAAGUCACACAAGGAUGUCUUCUCUGUGGAUGGUGAGGGAAUUAUAAAAGCUCUCAGACCACUGGACAAGGAGGAAGAGGAGUGGUACAUCCUCACAGUAGAGGCCAUAGACUCCAGAACUCCUCCAAACACUGCAGAGACAACGGUCAGCAUUCAGGUUGAGAACGUGAAUGAGGCUCCUAUGUUUGAGACUGAAAUAUAUGAGGCGGAAAUUUUCACUAUCACUCCAUACAAAUUCCCUAUAGUGAAGGUCCAGGCAUCAGACCCAGAUGUGGGCGAGAGCUCAGAAUUGCAGUAUUCCCUGGUGAAGUCCACAUCUCUGGUGGAAGUAGAGGCAAACACUGGUCAAAUCUAUGUACGGGACGCAUCUAGUGUCAGAGACGGUCUGUUUCCCGUAGACGUUAAAGCCACCGAUAAACAUGGACUGUCCACAACUGCAACAGUACAGAUCACAGUGAAAGACAGCGAAAGUGACAAUGUUGUGGUCAUCUCUCUAAACCAGGCCGUGUUCACAGUGGAGAAAAAGAUACCAGAGAUUGAAGAUUCCAUGAAGAAAGCUUUAGGUUUGACUGUGAAAAUCCUCAGUGUGAGAGCUAAGGAUGGGAUUGAGAUGCGCACCAUUCUCCGAGAGUCUACAGCCAAGACUUACAUCAGCUUCAUUGCGAUGGAUACCAGUGGUGCUGUCAUUGAAGCAACGGAGGUCAAAGAGAAACUGCAGAGUAAUCAUGACGCUUUAAAAGUGGAACUGGAGAAGGUGUUUGGUUCCGAUUUGGAAUUCAAAGUGGAGGAUGGUUCUGGAAACAGUUCUGAAGAGUCCAGCGAAGCAGUACUUAUUGCUCUCAGUGUUCUGCUGGCUAUGUGCAUUGUGGGAAUUAUCGCUCUGACAACUGUCUAUCUCGUUAGGAAUAAGAAAAUGAAGGACACAGAUUCUGACAAAGAGAGCUUCAAUAUUGGCGGAAUACAGAACAGAUCAAGCAUUGACAAUGGUUGUAACUUUUCCAGCAAAAAAGAAGAAGCCAAAGAGGUUGAGUUCAGUAACACACGUGAGUUUGAAAGAUAUUCUGAAAAUGAUGCAGAUUUGACAAACGGAAGCAGCAUCUCUGCCUUCUGAAAACAUCCCAAUGGAUCAAUGCUCCUCAAUACUUGUCAUUAUAAGAGUUCAUGAGUUUUGAAAUGAAUUCUGACACACUAUUAAUGCUCUGUUCCAUAACAUAAUGAGUCGCAUUUUAAGGCAAUUCCAAAAGAUACAAGCAAAUCCCAUACUGCAUUGUGACAAGACAUGUUGACUAUAAAUAUACUAUAUACUACUAUAUUAUACACAACAUUUUAUGCUUGCUGCCUAUGUAGCAUUUGCAACAUCAGUCACUUCUAGGUUUCACUUCAGUUAAGCUGCUGUCUUAAACUCACCUGUUUUUAGAAAAGAGCAAAAAAUCUCCUUUGUAUACAUGUUUUCCUUUCUUUUAAGUAAUAUGUUCAUUCAACUGCCUUGCAUUUUGAUUUUCAACAUGGUCUUUUACAAAGGGAUUCGGACAUCCCAAAACCUGCUUACAAAUAACAGUAGGCUUUUGCACUUUAACCGGC